UGGUAGGUAAUCGGUACGGGUACCAGCCACACACUUGCACCUAUACAUUUUGGUGAAAAAAUGGCCCGGAGCCCCUUAAAAGACGUAAAUAUUAACUAAAACAGCAAUAGCGGUGGUUUUUAAGAGGAAAUAUAAUAAUGCCUGUUGCUGAGGGAGGCGAUCAAUACUCUGUUUGGGUGGGAUUAAUUUACAUAUUUAACUUAAUAGUUGGUACUGGGGCUCUGACUCUUCCAGCUGCAUUUGCCAGAGCAGGAUGGGGCCUAAGCACAAUAUCUCUUGUAUUCCUGGCAUUUAUGAGUUUUAUGAAUGCAACAUAUGUCAUAGAAACUAUGGCAUGUGCCAAUGCUGUAUUCAAAUGGAAAAGAUUGCAACUUUUAAAGAGGAAUAGUAUGCAAGAUAAAGAAAACUCAGAACAAACUACCUCAAAUCCUCCUGAGUAUGCAGAGCUUGAAGAUCCUGUAGUUUGUGGAGACUCUGUACCUUCACAAUAUUACAGUCUUGAUAAGAGAAUUGAGCUAGGGGAAAUGGCUAAUCUCUUCUUAAGUAAAACUGGACGGACAAUGGCCUAUUGCAUAGUAUGUGUUUAUCUGUAUGGGGAGUUGUCAAUAUAUUCUGCUGCUGUUUCCAAGUCUUUGAUGGAUGUUGUGUGUUCAACAGUUCCAUCAAAAAUGCAAAAUAUAACAGACGGGCCCUGCUUUCAUGACUCUGAAGGGACCUUCACUUGUAUUGAUUGUUACCGAAUGGCUCUAUUGACAUUCUUCGCAGCAAUGGGACCUUUUGUCUUCUUUAAUGUUCAGAAGACAAAAUACCUACAGCUGUUUACUUCUGGCAUGCGGUGGCUUGCAUUCGUCGUAAUGAUAUCAAUGGCGAUACAUCUUCUAAUCAAACACGGUCCUCAAGGGAAGCCGCCAGCCUUCGAUUUCACGGGUAUGCCCAAUUUGUUCGGGACCUGCGCCUAUGUAUUCAUGUGCCAGCAUUCGCUCCCUGGCCUAAUCAGCCCUAUACGAGGUAAAAGUCACCUUGGGCUCCACCUCUCGCUUGAUUACAUAGUCAUUAGCAUCUUCUAUCUCCUUCUGGCGAUCACGGGCGCGUUCGCGUUCGCAAACCUCAACGAUCUUUAUACAUUAAACUUCGUGCCCACAAAUAAUGAGAAUAUUUUUCUAGAAAUAGUCGCACACUUUCUCGCUCUUUUUCCUGUAUUCACUCUCUCUACGAGUUUUCCGAUUAUUGCUAUUACAUUGAGAAAUCAUUUACAAAGUUUGUUUUUGGAUACGAGUCGCUUGGAGUCGUAUAACUUUGUUUUACGCAAGUUGAUAUUUCCAAUUGUAGCUGUCGUUCCUCCGCUAUUACUGACAUAUUUUUUGGAGGAUAUAAGCGUUCUUAUUAUGUUUACAUGGUCUUAUGCUAGUUGGUGGAUACAGUAUUUGAUACCUACCUUUCUUGUGCUCUUUGCUAGACGACAUUGCGCUAAUUUGUUAGGUUUAGGAGCGGUUAAUAAAUAUAAAAGUCCAUUUUCAAAUGUAUCGUGGGCUGUGUUUGCCCUACUUUGGUCAUUUAUAUGUAUAAUGCUCGGAGCUGUAAAUACAAUCGAGAAAGAUUCAGAUCGUGAAACAUCAUAUUUUAACGAAGUUUUUAACUUUAAAUAGGUUAAACAGCCGUACUCACAUUUAACCAUUACAUUAUCUUUAGAACGUUUAUAAUAGUAAAUGUAAUGCCGGUAUUAGGAUUAAUUAACUAAUUCUGGCUCAGUACGUAAUUGUACUGUUAGUCGUUACCAAUAAUUGCCUACUAAUUGAUUCCUUGUAACCUAAGUGAUUAUUUAUAUUUAUAAAAAACUAACAAUUUCUUACAAAAAUGUGUUCAUUGCUGAUUUAUGCAUGUCUAAUGCACAAGUAGUUUGGAUAUCUUCGUCUAUCGCUUAUUAACUUAUGCUCACGCAAAAUCCGCGUGGAAUCAUGACAUAGUUACAUCGCAGAAGAGCAAAGAAGCUAUCUUCUUUCCUAUAGAUAUAAGAUAUAGUUAUAAGAGCAGUGGCCAAAGGGCUUUAGCGGACGAAAACCCUAAGGUCGAGAUCGGCUUUGCACCGACGGAUUCUCCUAUGCAAUUUACAAUUACUUGUGAAUGCUAUCAUCGCGAGGAAGACAUCUUCAGAGUCAGGCUGGUCAUCUUGUCUUUAAAAGAAAAUGACCAAAGAAACCUUCAAGACCCAUUGUUCUAGCGGCACUAAAUUAUUUAGAUAUUUAUAUCAUUGUUUAAAAUAUAUAUAUACUUUACUAAGAGAUGGAUGAGAUUUCAUGGUAAUCAUCAUACGAGAUUUAGCGUUAAGUGUGUAUUAGAUUUCUCUUAUCUCGUUUCUGAAUCUCACCCUUAAAGUCAAAACAGUACAAUAAUUAAAUAAUAUUUAGAAAUUAAAUAAGAAUUACGUAUUUAAGACCCUUUACUCGCGAUGUGAUUGUUAAUUUAUAUGACAAUAAUACAAAAUAUAAUAAAAUUGUUUUAACAUAAAAUAAUUGUGUAAGAUAGUCUAAAUAUGUGAGAUUAAUUGUGUGUGGAUUCCUAGUCAAGUCAAAUUUUUAUAGCAUCUAGUUCUAAUAACGUUAUGACUUUUAUAUUUUUUUACUAGAACAAAUGAGGAAUUGUCAGAAAUGGUAUUGGUACAAUAAUAAUUUUCUGUGAUAGCGUAACGUUUUGUAUAUAUUGUGUCUAAUUGCUAUAGUUAAAAUAACUUUUGAAUAUUUUUAUUACACUUUUAAAUAAAUUCAGAGUGUGUAUAAAUUUAUUUGUGUGUU